CACCGGUACAUCAGUCGCGUACGUUUCAACCACAGAUCGUGUCGCCAAGAAAAAUGUUCACUUGCGUGAUAGUUAGUGUCUUCACGUUACUCGUCUUGCCGACUGCAAACGCAUCACCGAAUGGAGCACCAACGGCCGCCUGCGGGAGCAUGACACCUCAACAUGGAUACGAACCGCAAACCUCUGCAUCGCCCUUCAAGGCAGAAAUUCCAGUUGGGGAGUACGUCUUGAUGGACGAUCCUGUGCAACUGGAACUGCGAGCCUCAGCUGGUGCUACUUUCAAAGGUUUCCUUAUAAUGGCAUUCGAUAAGGACGAGGAUACAAAACCCAUCGGAACUUUUACAGAACCCGUUGAUGGCCAGUUGCUUAACUGCACCGAUGGUUUCACGAAUGCUGUUACACAUACGAAUAACACCGAGAAGAGUUUGGUGAAAAUCAAAUGGCAACCGCCUCUUUAUUACAUGGGAACGGCAGUUUUCAGAACUACGUUCGUGCAAAACUCGACGACAUAUUGGGUCAAGACGGAAUCGAUUGGCGUUUCUUUUGUGAUGGAAAUUCCGAGUUCUGCUUCGCAGUCCAGCACGACGUGGGCGGGCCUUAUCGCUUUAUUGCUGGCCCUCUUAAUUCAAUAAGUUCUCACGCCACACCUCGUACAUUAUGCAGUCUACUUCACGAUGCUCGCUAAUGACUUAGUUGAUACACUAUACUAGAACCCACAUUUCUUAAAGAUGCUUUCAAGUUGUGCUUUUAAUUUGUGAUUGAAAUAACGAACUAUAUAACCAAAUGUUCUCUAAUUGAAUUUACUGGACGCUGGGAUACGAAGUGCCAGCGAUCGAAAGUGUAAUUGGCAUGUAAAAUGCAAAAUGAAAUGACAUAAAAAUUGCAGUUUUCUCUUUCUUUUA